AUUUUUGUAUUCAAGUUAAAUCCAAAAAGUAAAAACCAAAAUCUAAUUCUACAUUCUUUGCUAUAUCUCUCUCUCUUAAACUCAAAAACAAUUUUUUUUUUCUCUCUCUCCCCCAAGUUAAUCACAUCUUCAUUCCAUUAUUAUUCAUAUCUAAAAAGCCACAAAAACUUGCUAGCGAAUUCUUAGCACCUCUCUCUCUCUCUCUCUCCUUUAGAGAAGAGGAGGAACCAAAAACUACCAUGCCUGUUCUUACAGAGACUUCAACAAUGGCAGAACACAUAAAAUUGAGAAGACCCAGAAGUCAAUUUGGCCUACUCAUUUCAGAAACAGAUCCAAACCCACUUGAAAUCCCAUCCAUUAUUCAAUCCACUCGCUGCAAAUCCACCAUUUCUUCUCUCCUUCUCUCUACUUUCUCCACCAAUAAUAACACCAACGCCAUCACCACUAACUCAAAUGAAACCAUACCCUUGAACCUUCACAACAAGAAGAAAAAUAACUUCACUUCUUCGACCUUCAGAGGACUAGGAUGCACUGCAGGGUCCUCACAGCAAGUCUCUGUACCUGCUGUGAUUCGUAGCUCGGCGGAUUGGCAAGGGAAGAAGGUGAGGAAGAAAAAGCAGAAGAAUAGUAAUAGUAACAACAAUAAUGGCUCUAAGAACAGUAAUGGCAACAAAGAGAGUGAAAAAGACAGAAAUGCCCUUCAUCAGGGUCUCGUGGAUGGGUCUAAUUCUGUUUUCAAUUCUGCUAGUUGUGUGGAUUUUCAAGAUGUUUGGUGUGGUCCUGGAAUUGGGUUCUCGGCCGAUGCUGCUGCCUCGGUUGACUGUGUUGUGGCCAGGAGAAAUGUUUCUGGAAGAGGUAAGAUUGAUGGAGAUAAGAUGACCAGCGGCCAUAGAGAUAGAGAGCAGCGUUCUUAUAUAGCAAGGCGAACAGUCACCCCUGAACCUUCAUUUUUUGAUACUGAACCUAACUUCUUGUUGGAACGCCCCGGGUCAGAAGUUUUCGGAGCAAGGUAUUUUCGCCAUGUUCGACAUCCUUCCCCUGAAGGCCUUGCUGAGAUAAUGAUGCUCCACAGUGGUCUGCUAAUGGGUAACAGAGUAGACAUACACGAUCGGUUUAGGGACAUGAGACUUGAUGUUGAUAACAUGUCUUAUGAGGAACUCCUUGAUCUGGGUGAAAGAAUUGGUUAUGUGAAUACUGGACUAAAAGAAGAGGAAAUAGGUCGCUGCCUAAGAAAAAUCAAGCUCUCGAUUUCAAAUGAUUGGUCACGUUUGCCUUCACUAGCAGAUAAGAAGUGCAGCAUAUGUCAGGAGGAAUUCGAAACAGAUGAUGACAUGGGAAAGCUGGACUGUGGACAUGGUUUUCAUACAGAAUGCAUAAGACAUUGGCUUUCCCAUAAAAAUACUUGCCCUGUUUGCAAAGCAGAGGCAGUGGCCCGAUCCUAGGGUUGGUGGGAACUUUUUCAUCACCCUUGUCCCUUGGUGCGACUGGUUUUCGACACUGCUUUUUAUCCCACAACAUGGUGUAUAGGUUUCAUUUCAUCCAAGCAAUACAAGAACAAGUAUUCAUUCUUUUGUUUGAAGCUUUUCCUUCUUAUUUUUCUUAUUUUGAAAUGAUGGGUUUUAUCUAUAAUUUGGCAAUAUCUUCUUGUUUCAAUAUUUUAUUUUGUGCCUUCUGCAGUCCUCAACGAAUUCCCAGGGCCUGCAAUGUGAAAUGCUUGUUUUUAAAUCUAAAUUCUUUUUUCCAUUGGAAGCUACUACUAUGGGUGAAGUUAUUGAAAGCGUAAACAUGUUGGAAAAGAUUUUGCCAUGUCA